UUCUUGUGUCAAUUUCCAUGAGACUUCCGGCGGAAGUAAACAACAAGGCGCUAGCAUCGUUAGCUUCCAGGUUUUCUUCUGUUUAUCGUCGGUUUUUGCUGUGUGAGCUGAAUAUUUCAGAGUCUGCAGUAACAACAUCUUCGGUUCAUCAUCUGAGAGAAUUGAUCAGAGAGCGACUAACUGCUGCUGCUGGAGAAAUAUUCAGAAACAUCGUUCAUUAGGAGGAAGAGAUCGAUCAUCAGCUCAGACUGCUGGAUAUCAGCUGGAAAACCCAGAUCAGAUCAGAACCUACAGGUCUUCCACAACACCAUGUCUGUUACUACAUGGGAGGUUCUGGCUGGCAAUUUUCUCAUAACUAAAGAGAGGAACUCUGUUCUUGAUCACAAUAUUCCAAACAGUGAACAGAUAAAUGAGGAACAGGGGGAACCAGAACCACUACAUAUAAUUGAGGCUAAAGAAGAACCAGAACCUCAGCCAAUUAAAGAAGAAAAGGUUGAACUGUGGAUCUUUCAGGAUGAAGAGCAGCUUUUGGUCAAGCAGGAGACCAGCACCACUAUGAUGAGUCCUGCUUAUGUGGAAAUAUUCUGCAAUGGACCAGAACUACAGGAGAAGAUGGAGACAAUGGAGGAACCAGAACCUGUACAGAUUAAAAAAGAACAGGUGGAACCAGAACCUGUACAAAUUAAACAGGAACGUGAGGAUCUCUGCAGUGACCAGGAUGAAGAGCAGCCUGCAGUGAAGCAGGAGACUGACAGCUUUAUGAUGAUUCCUACUUAUGAGCAACAGGACAGCAGUGAACCAGAACCAAACCAGGACCGACUCUUCUCUGUACACCGCCCUGAAGCUGAGAACCAACAUCAGCAAGGCAGCAACCAGAAAGACAGUGAAAACAAUUCAAAACUAAAAGGGCGUAAAACAAAUAUACCCUGCUGUGGAGUAUGUGGCAAAUGUUUCACUACAUAUAAAUACUUGACUGAUCACAUAAGAACUCACACAGGGGAAAAACCGUAUCCUUGUGAACUGUGCAACAAAUGUUUUAGUGACUGUAGUACCAGGGCCAAGCAUAUGAAAACUCACACAGGUGAGAAGCCUUAUCACUGUCACGUGUGUGGUAAAUCUUUUAGUCACUGUAGUAACUUGGCUAGACAUAUGAGAACACACACAGGGGAGAAGCCAUAUUCUUGUGAAGCAUGUGGUAAAUCUUUUCGUCACUGCAAUACUAUGGCUCGACAUAUGAGAACCCACACAGGUGAAAAACCAUAUACUUGUGAAAUGUGUGAUAAAUCUUUUAUACAGCCCAGUGAUUUGGCCCGCCACCUAAGAACUCACACAGGUGAGAAGUUUUUCUAUUGUCUGACCUGUGGAAAAGGUUUCACAAGGCAGUCCUCCUUGGCUGUGCACAUGAGAACCCACACAGGUGAGAAGCCUUACCCUUGUAAAAUGUGUGGGAAGUCUUUCAGAUACAGUAGCCAUUUGACUCGUCAUGAGAACUCACACAGGUGAGACGCUUUUCUCUUGUCUGAUUGGUGGAAAAGGUUUAGUGGAGGUAAAAUACCUUGACUGUUUUCAUGGGAUUUCAUACAUUUGAGAAGUCGUAUUCUUGUGAGUGGUAUGGAAAGCAGUUUCGGACAAAAAUCUAAUGCUCUCCAUCUUCUCCUGAUGUCUAAUAAACAUUAAAAGUGCCAGCUGACAUUUAUUUAGUGCCACUACAUAUUUAAUAGAUGCCGGCAGAUGUUUAAUAAGCGCCGCAUGAAGUUCAAAAAGUAUACUAGUAAAAGUUUACUAAACAUUAACCAAAGCUUGAUGGCAUUCAGUUACUCACUCUAUCCUCCUCAUUUGACAGCAAGUAGUUUUGAACAUGCACUUUUGGCCGUCAUUACAAAAAUCUUGAGGUUUGCUGCCUCCUAUUAUAUUUUCCUUUAAAUGAGACCAAGACUUUUCUUUGACUGAUUUUUCACUCAGAGAUGAAACAAAUGCAUUUUCUGCUCAAGAAUUACAUCACCUCUAUUUGCACUCCAGUUCUAAAAUUUCUGAUUCAAGUUGCAAACCUUUACAUCACAUAUAUAUUCUCAUAGUAAAUACAAUAAUGACUGGUGAAACUGGAAUCUGAAAAUACUUUUACUUCUCCUUUGAUCUGCCUUUAAUACAGAAUCUAAAAUACUGUAUUCAAAUCUGAUCUAGAUUAUUGUUCAUUAAUUUUAGAUGGUUUUAAAUAAAUAAUGCACUAUUCUAUUUUUGAAAAAGCUGAUUUCAGUGCUUUAUUUAACAUCUUGAAUGGAGUCAAGCAUGGAAGCUGCAAAUAGGCUAAACUAGAUUAUUCUGCACUGCAGAAAACUGUUUUUCAAACAGAAAAAAGCUUUGAUUAAUCAUACACUGUUUUAAAGAAUAUUAUUUAGUCUAUGUUUCACCAGUUCACUGGGCUCAUAUUUUGAUUAAGAGCUAAGUCAAGGUAUGGCUGCACUAUAUUAGGAAAUCUAGCGAUGGCGAAGAGGGGAGAAGAGGUGGAGGUGAUGGAGGAGUAUAAAUACCUCGGUGUUCACCUGGACAACAGACUGGAGUGGAGAUGCAACUGUGAAGCCAUCUACAAGAAGGGACAGAGCAGACUGUACUUCUUGAGGAAGCUUAGGUCCUUCAGUGUUUGCAGCAAGAUGCUGCCUGUUUUUUCAAAGAGGCAAAUGGCAAUCUGCUCUCUGACUGCAUUUACACUCGGGCCAGAGUUGUCAAAAGCCACUGGAGAGCCACUUAGAAAGCACUCAGCAAACUGUAAAACAUAAGUGAAAUAAUAUGAGAUUUCAAAAAUGCUUCAAAGAUGGGUUAAAACUUUAAUAAUAAUAAAAACUUCUUACAAUUAAA